GGCGUAUCAAGUCUGCGUGGAGCGACCUGAUCUCCACGAUCGGCUCCGCCGUAGCCCACUUGAGGGCUUCUCGGUCCGCCUGCACGCCCAUCUCAUCUCGCCCAGGCGGCGUGCCCGGCGCCCUGGCGGCGCGCCCGCCGAACGCCACCGCGGCGGCGCCGUGCGUGCGCCCCGCGGCGGCGCCGCGGAGCCGCCGCCUCGGCCUGGCCGCGGCGUCCGUGCGGCAGUACCCGAGCUCGGACCCCGAGGGGCUGCCCGAGCAGGCGCAGGGAUCACAACUCGCGAUGGCCAAGCAGCAGAAGCUCAUCACGUGCAAUCGCUGCGGCUGUAAAGGCUGGGCUUGGCAGGACAAGGUCUCCAGCCUCCGCCUGAGCCGCACCGUGACAAGCCUGGCCGCUGGCGUGGACGUGACCGCUCUCGGGGGCCCAGUCACCUGCCAGGUCUCCGACGGCCAGGCGCAGUCUCGUUCGCAGAAGGAGAUGAACUGCAGCCACAAGCAGAAUAUCCAGUGGCUUUGGCGCAGGCGCAGGGUGGCCGAGCUCGCGACCUACUUCGACGACCUCGCGACUCGGCGCGUGCAGUCCCAGGAGGCUGCGCCGAGGCCAUGGGUGGACAACGGCUUCCCGAGCGCCAGCGAGGCUCCUGAGAGGUCGCCCGCUGCCGCAGGCGAGAACGUGCCGUGCCCGAACGACGCGGAGCUCGACGCGGGGGCAGACGAGAUGGACCAGACCAAGUCCUUGGUGCGCGCGGCGUCGGCCCUCCAGGCCGUUGCCAGCGGCGUGGCCGAGAUCCAGGGCCAGGAGGGCCCUGGGGCCGAGCGGGCCAAGGACAAGUUCAAGAUGCCGACGCUCCUCGGGCCAGAGAAGCUCCCCGCCAGGGCGCCCGUUGGACCCCAGCUCCCAUCGGUCAGUUGGCAUCAGACAGCUGCAGUGAUAGAGUAUGCUAUCCAACUUCUCGGAGAUGCCUCGCAGCCCCUCCCCGACCAGCAGCGCUCCACCAUCCUGGACCACGUGUACUUCACCCUCGUCCAGGACCUUGAGCACGCGCUCGGCCUCUCCGAUGGCUCCAAAUUCGGCUGCAAGAUGUUCGACGCAGCAUCCAGGAUGCGGAUCUCCAGGAGUUUCGGGACACCCUGGACAGUCUGGAAGACAGCCCUGCAAUUUUUCACGCCUCUCCCGCCCUUGCUCGAGGGCUGCAGGAAGUUCGCGUUGCCGCAG